AUGUAGGCGAUGAUAUAUUGAGUUAUGUUUCUACAAAAGCACUUGGGAAUUUAUAACUCAUAUAGAGAUGUAACCUGGAUAUACUACACACUUACCUACUGGGAGUAGCUGUACCUGGAUAUACUGAGCCUAUUGAGAGUAGCUGAACAGUCCGGUGAAUGAAACGAACGGUCAACAUCAGCAAAUUUCAACAAUGAUGAAUAAUACGUUAGCAAACUCGCAAUCAAAACGCAUGGAUGAGCAAAGGGUAAGUCUCUCUGGACUUCCUGGGUUAAGGGUCAACGAUGGCGGCAACAAUCUGCAACAACCAGAUGGCGCUGCAGCUCCAUUACCAGUGGUUCUUCGACCAAGACUGGGAAACGAUGGGAUACCAGGAAACGAAAACAGACAUUCACUCGAUGACACAUUUUUUUAACGCUCUCAUGAGAUGCCAGAGCACGAGGUUAAAUGAACAAGCGCUCGUCACCUCCCAUAUUCGACGCUCCGGUGCUGCUAACGCCCACUAUCCCAGACGAAGAUUGAUUGUUCGAAUGCAAUCGUCAAGAAUCGAGGACCAGCGCUGCAGUUUUAGUCCCAUACGGGAAUCCCUUCAUAAUGUGGACCCCGAUAAUGACGACAUAUCACAGCAAACGGCAUCGAAUAGCCACCAUUGUUUUGCUCAUUGUAUUUUAAAACAAUGACGUUUAUAAAAAUUGUGGCAUCAAAAGUGUACUAAUGCCAUGUAACAUGGUUCCUGUGUUUCAGGCAGUGGCAUCAAAACAAACCAUGCCACCUACUAGCGUGGCAUGGAGAGAAUUAUUUUCAUUGGAAAGACACUCACUGCCCUGAGAUUUUGGAGACACUGAGGUAUUCAAUAAUGCCUUGAAACAUUCAAUAAUGCCUUGAAAUCAAUUUGAUACCCCAUUUAAAUGCCAUGCUGCCAUAGUAAAUAUCAUCCAACUAUGGGUUUGGGGAUAGACCUCCUAUUUGCUUGCGACAUGGUUAAGAUGCCGCUAACUUCCUGUGCCACCAUUGAAGAUGUUUUUGCUGCCAUGUAGUGAUUUCAUUUCUAAUUAUGUCACGUUGAGCUAACAUUGUGCAGUUGUAGAAAUGAACUAUCCAUUAUGUAUCAUAAAUACAGUGCUUGAAAUAAGCCAUUAAUUAUGAAGUAACCAACUACGGUAAGGAAAUUUACGCACAGACGUAUGUAUGUAUAGUUAUUAGCCUCGAAAUUUGAAAGCACCCGCAUAAUUAAUUAAAAAUUAACAAGGCCUUAACUGGCCUAAGACACAGUUGUCUGACAUCUAUCCUUCACUAACAGAACAACAGUUAAAGACUACCAUGUUGAAAUGGGACAACACACAUGGAAAUAUAGAAGUAAAACUCAAGCGCAGUGGUUCCCAAGUGGGGGCCCCGUAACCCCCCAAAGGGGCCACAAAGCAAUUGUAGGGGACCACAACGUUAGGCUCAAAACUGAUUUUCUUUCGAUAUCAAUAAAAAUCGCAAAAAAAUUUUGAUACAUUUGAUAUCAUGAAAAAAAACUUGCCAAACUCUGAAAAUUUAGGAUGUGCUCCCAAACACGAACUCUGAAAAAAAAAGAAUUUUGAACUACAAAAACUUCUGGCAUAUUCAGGCCUCAAAGCUUCGAAUAUCGAAUAUCUACUUCCAGAGCCAUAAAGUGGAGGGUUUCAAAAUAUCGAACAUCAAUGAAAUUGUGUCAAACUCUCACCCUACAGGCUGGCCUCCAUUACUAACAUCGAUGAAAAAAUUUAAUAAUCAAAAUCUACACAUUAGCUGCUUUAAUAGUUUUUUAUUUCAACUUUGUGUCUGUUUAUCAAGUUUAGUUUAUUUCAGUACGAUUUCUUUGAAUAAUCAUUGAGGUAUUUUCAAGCUUUAAUACUAUUUCCUUUAAUAUUACUUAUUAAUUCGUGACUGGCCAGAAUAUUCUCAUGCUAAUGUAAUGGUGUCAGUGCUGCUAUUUUCAAGCUUUGAUGCUAUUUCCUUUAUUAUUAAGGCGUGACUGGCCAGAAUAUUCUCAUGCUAAUGUAAUGGUGUCAGUGCUGCUAUUUUCAAGCUUUAAUACUAUUUCCUUUAAUAUUACUUAUUAAGGCGUGACUGGCCAGAAUAUUCUCAUGCUAAUGUAAUGGUGUCAGUGCUGCUAUUUUCAAGCUUUAUUACCAUUUCCUUUAAUAUUAAUUAUUAAGGCGUGACUGGCCAGAAUAUUCUCAUGCUAAUGUAAUGGUGUCAGUGCUGCUAUUUUCAAACUUCAGUACAAGUCCUUUUAAUAUAACCAUUGAGGCGUGUCUGGUCAGAAUUAUCUAAUGCUAGUAUAAAGGUGUCAGUGCUGCUAUUUUCAAACUCCCUUAUUUUUGAUGUUGAAUCACACUGAAGUUAACUUGACCUCUUUUUCAACUGCUGCAUAGUUUUUUAAUGUGAAUAUUGUUUCAAAUUUCAUUUUCUAUGAUUGUAAUUUUCAAAAAUUCGAAUCUGGAAAAAUUUAGUAAUUCAUCUUACUCAUACCUGAUUUAAGACCAGGGCUUCAG